AUUGGCUGGCGAGGGCAGUGACAUCAUCAAGCUGAUCUAGCCUCUCGGGCGUCGUUCUGCUGCUGCGUAGUGAGGCAGUGACCGGCGGACGGGAUCACACAGGCCGACCGAGCAGCAUCAUGUCCGCCUACAGGCAACAGACCGCGGCCCGGGGCCGGGACUUUAACAGCAUCAUCCAGACCUGCAGCGGCAACGUCCAGAGGAUCACACAUAACACUGCUCAGAUCCAGAGCUUAUUAAAUCAACUUGGCACCAGCAAAGAUUCCACUAAACUCCAGCAGAACCUGCAGCAGAUUCAACAUUCCACUAAUGUCUUGGCCAAGGAGACCAACACAUAUUUGAAGGACCUUGCUUCUGUUCCUACCCCAAUAUCCCCAGUUGAGCAGCGGCAGCAGAAGCUCCAGAAGGAGCGUCUUAUGAAUGAUUUCUCUGCUGCCCUCAACCACUUCCAAGCUAUCCAGAGACAGGUCUCUCAAAAAGAGAAGGAGACUGUUGCCCGUGCCAGAGCUGGCUCACGUUUAUCGAAUGAUGAAAAGCAGAAAGAAGAACAGCUUGUUUCAUUUGACAACAACGAUGAUUGGAACCAAAUGCAGAGCCAAGAGGAAGAUAUUGAAAUAACAGAACAGGAUCUUGAACUUAUAAAAGAAAGGGAGAGUGCCAUAGAAAAACUAGAGGCAGAUAUUCUUGACGUGAAUCAGAUUUUCAAGGAUCUAGCAGUCAUGAUUCAUGACCAAGGAGAGAUGAUAGACAGCAUAGAAGCUAAUGUUGAAAGUGCAGAGGUUCAUGUAGAGCGAGGAACAGAGCAGCUGCAGAGUGCAGCAUACUACCAGAAAAAGUCCCGGAAGAAGAUGUGUAUCAUUAUUCUUGUUUUGGCUAUCAUAGCUUCACUUUUGGGUCUUAUUAUAUGGUUGUCUUUGAAGUCAUGAGUUCACCUCCGACCUUCCUCUCACCCAAGCAGCAGGAUGACAGGACUAGUCUCUCGCCGUUCAAUAGAAAUAUAUCUCUGAAGUAUCCACUGUGUGUAACAUAUUCACCAGUAGAGGCUGAUACAGUAUUUUCAAAUGAAGGCACAGAAAAGGGAUCAAAUUAGUUUUAAUAGCAAACCUACUUUAUUGACACCGUGGUUAAAGGGCAAACGUAACUAUUAAUGAAUUCAUUUAAAUGUAUUUAUCUAUGCAGCUGACUAAUAUAUAGUUUAUUUCCCUUCUUUCUUGAUUUCAACCAAUAACAUCUAUUAGUCACUGACCUAUUAUCUUUCUCCUUUUAACCCACUCAUUUGGUCUCUCAUGGUAGCAUUUUGCUGUUGCAGCCAGCAUAUCAGCCCAGUUGCACUUUACAUAUAAUACCUUUUACAGAGAAGAUAACACUAAUGCAAUUAUCUCUGCCUGCCCCACUACACUGCCUGUAUAUAAAAUGCUGCAAUACACAUUUUUUUAGCUUUUUUUUUUUUUUUGUGGGGGGCGGGGUCAAGAUAUUGGUCUGCAUAUAUAUAACGUGAAAACUCUGCAAAAUAACUUUUCUAUUUGUAGAAGACAUCAGUGCAUUUUUAAUCAUAAGAUGUUAUUUGUGUAUACCCAAAGUGCAAAAGUGCAUCCUAAUGAGCCACUGCUUUUCCAGAGUUUCAGGAUAAUACAG